GCAGAUGGUCGCGGAUGGUUUCGUGCCCGACGAUGCCAUGCUGCAGCAGCUGGAGCCUCUUCUCGGCAGGCGAAGUCGAGAGAUUUGCAAGAAAACAUCAUCCAAGUCGCCGUCGGCCAAGUCGCGGCCGGCGAAGAAACAAAGCAAGGCCACCACCGCAGCUCUCGCAGACCUCCUUGGCGCGGCCAAGAAGCGAAGAACAGAG